CAAGCUCAUAUUCCUUCUUCCUUCUUAUUAUCUUUCCUUUGGAAAAAAUGCAUGACAAUUUUCACUUCUAUGAUUUGCAAAUUAUACUUGCAGUUCUUCUAACUUUUGCUGUAUCAAUCAUUCUAUGGACAAGAAAUUGGAAAAGUCUAAAACUACCCCCAGAAAUCCCAGGAUCUUGGCCAAUUAUAGGCCAUCUCCGUAGUUUUGGCGAUGGUGAAAGCCUCCCUCUAGCUCGAACAUUUGGAAAAUUGUCCGAUCAAUAUGGUCCAAUUUUCACUAUUAAACUCGGUAUGUUUCGUUAUUGUGUGAUCAAUAAUUGGGAAGCAGCUAAAGAUUGCUUCACAAUUCAUGAUAAAGAACUUGCUGCUAGACCAAUUAGUCUAGCAGCUGAACAUUAUGGUUAUAAUUACGCAAGAUUCUCUUUUGCUAAUUAUGGUCCAUAUUAUUGUCAAGUACGAAAACUCGUGUUACAAAAUGUUCUUUCUAGUACUAGGCUCGAGAAAGUCAAACAUGUCCGAAUUUCCGAGUUGCAAAUUAGCAUUAAAGAAUUAUAUAAUGAAAAUUCCAAAGUGAUUAAUAUUAGUAAAUGGUUCGAAAAAUUGACUUUGAAUAUAAUUGUGAAGAUGAUAGCUGGGAAAAGAUAUGAAUCUUUGGAGAAAGACGAAGAGGCACAAUGUUUUAGAAGGGCUUUUGCUAAGAUAAUGUACCUUGCUGGGCAAUUUAUUUUGUAUGAUGCAAUUCCAUUCCGAAUUUUCAAAUAUGUGGAUUUUCAAGGGCAUAUCAAGACCAUGAAGCAAAUUUACAAGGACUUGGAUGACAUUCUUCAAAGUUGGGUUAAUGAACAUAUGGAGAAAAAACAGGUUACAGGUGAUGAACAAGAUUGUAUAGAUGCAAUGCUUUCAGUGACAAAGCCUGAGGAUUUCAAAGCCUAUGGUUAUACACGAGAUACAGUUAUUAAGGCAACAGUAUUGAGCAUGAUAUUGGAUGGUUCAGACACAACUGCAGUUCACUUAACAUGGGUCAUGUCCCUAUUAUUGAACAAUCCUCACGUCAUGAAACAUGCCCAAGAAGAAAUAGACGCCAAUGUUGGUAAAGAGAGAUGGAUAGAAGAAUCUGAUGUCAAAGACCUUGUCUAUCUCCAAGCUAUUGUUAAAGAAGCAUUACGCUUAUAUCCACCAGCACCUUUGUUAGUCCCACACGAAGCUGUGGAAGAUUGUACCGUGGCAGGGUACAACAUCCCAAGGGGUACUCGUUUGUUUCCGAACGCAUGGAAGAUACAACGAGACCCUCGGAUUUAUUCAGAGCCUGACAAAUUCAUGCCAGAGAGAUUCUUGAACGAAUAUUCGAAUGUGGAUGCUCGUGGUCAACAUUUUGAGUUUAUUCCGUUUGGUUCUGGAAGACGGUCUUGUCCUGGAAUUAAUUUCGCGACACAAGUGGCGCAUCUCACGAUUGGUCGAUUAAUUCAAGGAUUUAACUUUGGUGCACCAUCAAAUAUGCCAGUGGAUAUGACUGAAGGUCAAGGGAUUACUAUGCCUAAGGCAAAACCUGUGGAAGUUGUAAUAACCCCACGUUUGAAUUCUGUACUUUAUGAACUUUAAUGUGAAGGUUAUUCCAUAAAUAAAGCUCCAGCAUAAUCUUUUGUCAAUUGCAAUAAGAAAUCUAAGAGCCACUCUUUUCAAACUUUAGUACUUAUCAUGUCUAGAACAAUUGUUGUAAUAUGGAUUGGUCUUAUCCGAACCUUUUAUGUGAUUUAAUUAGUUAUCUCUUACGUUUUACUAAUCUUC